ACAGACCCCCCCUCCCCCCACAGGCUGCUUCACGCUGCCCGAAGGCCGGGGGCGCGCGUGACUCUCGUCCGCCGCGCGAGGGGUGUGCCUCCCGCAGCCCAGGGCGCGGAAGCGGGAGGACGCCCGGGGCUGGGAGCCGCUGCUCUCGCUUUCUGGUCGUCGCGCACGUCCUCCCGGGAGGCGUCCCGUGACCGGCGCGAUGAGCGCCAACGAGGACCAGGAGAUGGAACUGGAAGCAUUACGUUCUAUUUAUGAAGGAGACGAAAGCUUCCGGGAAUUGAGUCCAGUUUCAUUCCAGUACAGGAUAGGUGAAAAUGGCGAUCCCAAAGCCUUCUUAAUAGAGAUUUCCUGGACAGAAACAUAUCCCCAAACACCUCCAAUUAUAUCUAUGAACGCUUUUUUUAACAACACCAUUGUAUUUCUUGUGCGUUGUAGAUCAUCAGCUGUAAAGCAGAGCAUAUUAGCCAAGUUACAGGAAGCAGUGGAAAUUCAUCUCGGGACCGCCAUGACCUACACAUUGUUUGAAUAUGCCAAGGACAAUAAAGAGCAGUUCAUGGAGAAUCACCACCCCAUUAAUUCUACGAUACCCAUAAGCAGUAUCAUCUCCGUUGAAACUCCUAAUACAGCCCCAUCAAGUAAGAAAAAAGACAAAAAAGAACAACUUUCAAAAGCUCAGAAACGUAAGCUGGCAGAUAAAACAGAUCACAAAGGACAGCUUCCCCGAGGAUGGAACUGGGUUGACGUGGUGAAGUUAAGCAAAACUGGCUCUAAAGAUGAUGAAUAGUGCUUGGAAUUGGAGACCAAGGAAGAGCGUCCUUUAAAAAGUAAACUGGGUUCGGGUUCAAAAUCCUUCGUUACUCUUUUCUGGUAUUGAGGUGGCUUUUUAUAAAAACAGAAAUUUUUUUUUUGUAUGUUUCUUACGUGAAGAAGUGUUUUCACCUGAAAGUUCGUGAAGAGAUCUGGUUGUAUGAAAUUAUUUUCACAAACUUGCCUUAAUAAAAGGUGAAAUGUUACCGUUUUGUAUACCUUAUAGAGAUGGUUGAGCUUCGUAAAUGGACAAAAUGGGAAAUAAGUAAUCAAGGUGAAUUGAUAUGAUCUUAUUCUAGUGGCUAUGAUGUUUUUUAGAGGAGGCGGCAGCCCCUUGGAAACUCUCAGCCCGGUGGGGCAGAAUGCCGAGUCCACGGUGUUUCUGCAGCAUGGUCCUUACCAGUAGACUUCUCGUCUUCACAGUGUCUUUAUCUCUUCUUUCUCUUAGUUACUGAAGCACAAAUGGCUUCAGGGAAAUCGAAAUACUAGCAUUUGAACGUUACACAUAAUGUUCUUGGUCGUUUCUUCUUAUUUCUCAAGGGUGUACUGCUUCCUUUUAGUAGAUGAGCCUCUGUUUUACGCUUUUCUCUCGGUUUGGGUCCUGAUGUUUGACCGUGAGAGUUCUCAGUGGUGUGUGGAAUAGGAGAAUAUAAAAAUAAAUCUGCCAAAUACACUCGAAAGCAUUUGACUAGAAGUGCUGGUUCCCAUUUAAAACGUCUCUCUUUGCUGCAUAUGCCAGGACGGAAGUAAAAAUGCCUUACUAGUUAAUUUUUGUAUUGUCGGAGACCAUGGUUUUAAUAAAUUCCUAUGUAUCUGCGACUGUGUGUUUCUAGUUGUCUGGUAACUGAGGUCUUCGAAGUGGUCUUAAAACCACAUUUCAAGUCUUGUUUCCCUUCAACUAUCUACGUGGAAUUCUCGGCCUGAGCAUCUUUAUCAUAAGAGACAUAGAAGUCUUUCAAAUGCUGUAUCAUAGUUCAUGCUUGAUUGUUUUCAAAACCCCGAAUAGGGAAACUAUUAGUACAGCGUAAGCAGGAAGUUACUGAUGUGUGUGUGUGUGUGUGUGUGUGCGUGUGUGUGUGCGUGCGUGUGUGUGAUUUCCAGUGACUGCAUUUGCUCCCCGGCUUUAAAACCCUAAUAACUGCUGCUGUAUUGUCUGCAACGGUAGACCGUCGGUUCCUCAAGUUAUACCCGUGCAGCUUGGGUCUGAGUUUUUAACGAAUAAUUAACUUUUAAAGAUGUGUCUUCAGCAUAAGAGCGGUUUGAGUUGUAUCCCUGGCUUUCCCUGGGUUAAUAUUAGGCUCUGUUCAAUCGUUUGAAUUACAAAGUAAAUACUGUGCAAUCAUGGUGAAGGAGUGUAAUCUGAUUUUCAAAAGCUGAAUCACAUUUCAUAUCUUGACGUCAUGUAAUGGAAACAGUAAAAUUCGAGACCACCGGCAAGACCACUGGAACAUGCCAUCUUUUGGGGGGGGCUUGCGUGCGUGGUUUUGGUUGUGUUGAUUUGUUGGCUUGUUUUUAAAGAAACUGAAACCGCUAUAUCCGCCAGUGGGGCGAACUGUGUUUUGCUCUGAAGACCGCGACAUCGUUCAGGCUCACAUUGUGGCUCCUAGAUGACAAAGAAUGAUGCUAGUUAAAUGCCAAUGAACUAUUUUUACUCUUUUUAUACGAACUGUACAAAUCUGGGGGGUGAUGGUGGCAGUGGUGCCUCUAACUACCUUCUGUGAAACACUUGAACUUUCUCAUCUGUAUUGCCAUCAUCUGUUUGACACCCCAGUAUAUUUUCUCAAAGUCUGUUCACCUGAAACUGUAUGGAAUGACAUAAUUGAUAAGCAAUAAAACCUGAACUACACGCUCA